AAUGUACCACCGGAAGAGACUUCGUCCGGCGCGUUUGUAAAACGUAAAAUUAAUUUUUCUUUCUUGGAAGUGUGGAACUGACACUUUAAAUUUAAAAUGGCAUAUAAAGGUGGAGCACAGAAAGUCCAGAAGGUUAUGGUUCAACCCAUUAAUCUUAUUUUCAGAUACCUCCAAAAUCGCUCAAGGAUUCAGGUGUGGCUCUAUGAACAGAUCAACCUCAGAAUUGAGGGAUGCAUUGUUGGCUUUGACGAGUACAUGAACCUGGUCUUGGAUGAUGCUGAGGAGGUACACAUGAAGACACAAAACAGAAAACGACUUGGUCGCAUUUUAUUGAAAGGAGACAACAUCACCUUAAUUCAACAAGUACAGUAGCAGCUCAUUGGACGUCAUCUCGCUUUGACAUCGGAUCAUUGACCUCUUCAUCCAAGAUCCCCAUUGUAUGAUUUCUGUAUGAGUCUUGGUCUACUUUUUUUUUUUCUUUUAAAAAAAAAAUGUUUGAAUGAACUGUUGAGGGAAAAAAUGUGAGAAAAAUCUUUGAUGUGUGAAGGUAUAAAUGGAGAGUGAGUGAGUUUGAGUGAUAUGUUUGCCAUCCUUUGUAUUUUAUGUGCUGCCAGUUACUUCAUUGUCAUCUCUUUUUAAAGUUUUUAUCAUCAAAAUUCCAGAAGCCGCUGAUGUUAGUCGACUUUUGAAAACAGUGGAAAUGAAAAUCUGAAGCGAUUGUGUCUGUCAUGGCUACCCUGUUGUCUGAUUUCUGGUUUGUUGUUUAUUAUGGAACAUUGUUGUACCUAGCAUCCUGGAAGUACCAAGUGUUAAUAAACAUUUUUAUGAAGUUA